AGAUCAAGCAAGACCUAAACAGAGAUAUCAGAUUAUGGCUAAGGAUAUGGUGACUCUUGCUUUAAUUUUCACAAUUGUUUUCAGUGUUCUAUCUCCUGCAAUAGAUGUAACCAAAGCUGAGAUAGUCGAAAAGCGCGACCUGAUGCCUCUUACAGAGGAUAAAAAUGUUUUGGCUACUAAUGAGGCACCAUCUAGACGAUAUGGACCGUUCAUCCAGCAGCCAAUCUUCUCAAUUCAAGAUGCCUCAGAAGAAGUGUCGUUGGGGACUUUAUGCAGCUAUAAACACUAUGUUGAUUCAUGUGACAAAUGCGAUAGUGAAUGUAAGAUGUUGUCAUUCACAUAUGGUCAAUGUGAGGGACUUUGGCCAUUCCGUGAAUGCUACUGUUAUAUUACUUGUGGAGUUGUGGGUAGAUGAAG